CAAAAAUUAACUUUGUUCCAAAAUAUCUUAACUGUCAUUUUCUUCUUUUUCUUUGGAAGUUCAUAUUUAAUGUUCUACAAUACUUUAUUGAAUGUAGGAGAUUUAUUGGCUACUCAUUUUACUUAUGACUUGAGUUAUAUGUCAACAUUUCCUUUGUUCUACAAUUGGUUCAAUUUUUUAAUUGCUAUUAUUAUGACAUACCUUGCUAGUUCAUUAAAAAGUUUCCCACAUAACAUCUUAGCUCAUACCAGUUUCAUUUUACAUAUUCUUUUAUUUGUUAUCACCCCAUUUGCCCUUGUUUUUAUUGAAGGAAAUGCUGCAGGAUUCUGGGUUAUGAUUUGUAUUUCAACUUUUAAUGGAUUACCAACUCCAAUAAAUUCUUCUGUGUUUAUGGGAUUAUCAGGAAUGUUCAGUAACAUCCAUAGUGCAAUUUAUUUCAUUGGUAUGGCUGCUGGUGGAUUAAUUUCAUCACUUCUUAGAAUGUUGAGCAAUGCUAUUUUCAAAGGAAAACCUGAUAAUGAUUAUUUCCUUACUUUUUAUAUGAAUGGUGUUGUAUUACUUAUUAGUUAUGCCAUGUACAUGUAUAUGUAUUUCUGCAUUCCUUUAACUAAAGAACUUUAUUCCCAAAGUAACCAAAAAGAAGAGUCUGUUACUCUUCUUACUUGUGAAGGUGAAUCUAAAAGCGGUAUUAAAGGAUUCUUCCGUGUAUUCAAGAAAAUGUUUAUUAACCUCUUCUCCAUUGGAUUCAUUUUCUUUGUUACUCUUUCUAUUUUCCCAGGAUUCUUCACUGCAACAUCUUAUGAUGAAAGUACUAUUAAUCAAUCAACAACAGUCAUGAUUAAUACAUUUAUAUUUAUGUUAGGUGAUCUUCUUAGUCGAUUUGCUGUUUAUAUACCAAUUCCAUGGAAUAAAUGGCCAAUUCUUGGACUUUCAGUUGUACGUGUUGUGUUCUAUAUUCCUGUUUUCAUUUAUUAUUACGAAGUAUAUGACAAUCCAUUUGUUAUGUUUGCAAUUAUGUUAUUAUUCUCAUUCUCCAAUGGUUAUGUCUCUGCAUGGGCUAUCCAAAUUGCUUAUAAAGAUGUUGAUCCAAAUGAUAUGAAAAUUGCAGGCAAUUUAGUCAUGGUGGCAAUGAAUGUUGGACUUUCAAUUGGAGGAACUUUAUUAUUCAUUAUGAGCAGUACUUUACCAACGGCUGGAUCAAGUUCUUAAACUAAAUUAUUUUUUUCUUUCU